UUAACAAAUCCCAAUCUUUCAUCUGAUAGGAAAUUUAAACCAAAUGAAUCUUCUUGACAGUAAUUUUAAAUAUCGCUAACUGUUUUCUCAAUGCAAAUAUGCGCUGCAGAUGGUGAUAUUCAUGACCAGCAGUUACUCUGCAACAAUGUUUGAAGAUCUUGCCCCUAAUGUAGAUGCCUAUGCAUUGACUGCAUGUACUAAAUAUAUCCAGAGCUCUCCCAGUGAUUACAAUGACAUCAGAAAAAUCUACCUCUCUGAUAAAUUCUCAUCUGCUUGGCUGAAGGACAUUAAUGAGGCUGACUUUAAAACAGAAACAUUCCACGGGAAGAUAGCUGAUAAACAAGCUAAUCACCUUAAACGAAAUAAUGAUCUCUGCCCUUGCCAGUUUGGGAACCUGGAGAUCAGAAACUGUCACCUCAGUGAGUUUCUGCAAAAAUGAACAACCUCCAAGCCGAUCGAACAGCAUUCCAGACAACAUCUUUCUGAUGCGGGCAAGAAAAUGACAUGAGUAAAUA